AUGGCUUCUCUGACGAUGGAGGAAGGCGACGGCGGCAAGGUUAGGUCUGUAUCUGUGGAUCUGAACACAGACGCAUCACUACAGAUUGACAUUCCAGAUGCAAUCAGUGAGCGAGAAAAAGUGAAAUUUACUGUCCACACAAAGACUACCCUGAACGUUUUCCAGAACCCAGAGUUCUCUGUGACCCGUCAGCAUGAUGACUUCCACUGGUUACAUGAUUCUCUUACAGAGAAUGAGGACUAUGCUGGCAUUAUUAUUCCCACCAGCACCUGCAAAACCUGACUUUGAUGGGCUAGGGACAAAAUGCAGAAGUUGGGUGAAGGAGAAGGCUCUAUGACAAAGGAUGAAUUUGCCAAAAUGAAACAGGAACUAGAGGCGGAAUAUCUGGCAGUUUUUAAGAAAACUGUGUCUGUACAUGAAGUAUUCCUGCAGAGAAUCGCCUCUCAUCCCAUCUUGAGCAAAGACCGAAACUUCCAUAUAUUCCUGGAAUACGACCAAGAUUUAAGUGUAAGGCGGAAAAAACACUAAAGAGAUGUUUGGUGGAUUCUUCAAGAGUGUGGUGAAGAGUGCUGAUGAAGUUCUUCUAUCUGGAGUGAAGGAAGUUGAUGAAUUCUUUGAGCAAGAAAAAAUAUUUCUGGUGAAUUACUACAAUCGGAUCAAGGACUCCUGUUCUAAGGCUGACAAAAUGACAAGAUCCCAUAAAAAUGUUGCUGAUGAUCACAUCCAUAUUUCGUCUGCCCUGGUCUGUGUGGCUGAAUCGGAGAGCACACCACUUAGAAAAUCCUUACUUAAACUUUCAGAGUUAUUUGAAAAGCUCAAAAAAGUAGAAGCAAGGGUUGCAUCAGAUGAGGACCUAAAACUUUCUGAGCUAUUAAGAUACUACGUGCUUAAUAUUGAGGCAGCCAAGGACCUUUUGCACAGGAGGACAAAAAGUCAAGUGGAAUAUGAAAAUUCCAAUAAAGCUCUUGAUAAAGCUCGAUUAAGAAGCAAAGACGUGAAGCAAGCUGAAUUGCAUCAGCAAGAGUGCUGCCAGAAAUUUGAGAAGCUCUCAGAGUCUGGAAAGCAAGAGUUAAUUGCCUUCAAGAAAAAAAGAGUGUCUGCUUUUCGGAAAAACCUUGUAGAAAUGACAGAACUAGAAAUUAAGCACGCCAAGAAUAACAUCUCAUUAUUACAAAGCUGCAUUGACCUAUUCAAGAACAGCUAA